AUGGCUUUGGAACGCCGGAGCAGCGGGUUUCGCCGGAGGCAACAUGAAAACAGAAAUACACAAAGAAGUCGGCAACGGAGAAAUGAAUCACGGGUAAUAGCCUGGUUGGCUUUGCUGAUGGAAAUCCAGCGUGAAGGAGGAAAAGCUCCAAAAAAUAAUAAAAUGACUUCUCAUGAUAUCCAGAAAGAUAUUGUGAGUGCUUGUAAGAUUGAAACAAUAAAGGCUAUAAUAGAUGACUUAAAUGGUGACUACUUUGCUCUAUUGGUUGAUGAAUCUAGAGAUGUGUCACGCAAAGAGAAAAUGGCUAUUUGUUUACGAUAUGUUGAUAAAAGGGGAUUUGUGAUGGAGGCAUUUAUUGGACUUGUUCAUGUUAAAGAUACUAGUGCGUUAUCUCUAAAGAAAGCAAUUGUGGAUGUACUCGCUCACCAUUCUUUAACUUUAUCUUUUGUACGGGGGCAAUGUUAUGAUGGGGCAAGCAAUAUGCAAGGUGAGCUUGGUGGUCUUAAAAUGUUGAUCAAACAAGAAAGUAGAUCGGCUCAUUCCGUUCAUUGUUUUGCUCAUCAACUUCAACUAACUCUUGUUGCGGUUUCUAAAAAGUGUGUUCAAGUAGGAGAACUUGUACUCUUGGUUUCAAAUGUUUUGAAUGUGUUGGGAGCUUCUUUUAAAUGUGUGGAUGGAUUUCGAGAAUCUCAAAAACAAAAACUCCGGGAAGCAUUAGAUAUGGGUGAGCUAGAAACGGGUAGAGGCCUGAAUCAAGAACUUGGCCUUAUUAAAGCCGGUGAUACUCGUUGGGGAUCUCACUACAAGUCGUUUGGAAACUUUAUUAGUAACUUUGCCUCUAUUGUUGAUGUACUUGAUGCUCUUGUUGUAAAUGCAAGUACUCUGGAUGAAAGAGCUAGUGCAUCGGGAUUUCUUAGAAGUUGUCAAACAUUUGAGACUGUUUUCUUGUUGCAUUUGAUGACUGAUGUUUUAGGAAUCACAUAUGAUCUUAAUGUGUCAUUACAAAAAAAGGAACAAGAUAUUGCAAAUUCCAUGAUUCUUGUUAAGGUUUGCAAGAGAAGGUUGCAAGCUUUAAGAGAUAAUGAAUGGGAUCCUCUCUUAGAAAAGCAUUCUGGAUGGGAUUCACUUAAAGAAAAGGUAGAAACUUUUUGUAUCAAGCAUAAAAUUUCAUUGCCUAAUUAUGAUGAUCCAUAUGCUAACUCUGGAAGAUCACGACGUAAAGUAGUUGAUUACACUACUUUGCAUCAUUACCGUGAGGAUUUGUUUUAUAAAAUUAUUGAUUGGCAGCUACAAGAACUCAAUGAGCGUUUCAAUGAGGUGACUAGUGAUUUGCUUAAUGGAGUAGCUUGCUUGAAUCCAAUUGAUUCAUUUUCUAGUUUUGACAUAACAAAAAUAGUGAGAAUGGCUGAAUUAUAUCCUGAUGACUUUGAUGGAUUUAGCAUGAGGGCCCUUGAGAAUCAACUUGCUAAUUACAUUAUUGAUGUUCGUGAUAUUGACAAAAGGUUCUCCAAUUUAGGUGGACUUGGGGAACUUUCAAGAAAGUUAGUUGAGACAAAGAAGCAUUUAAACUAUUCUCUUGUAUUCCUUUUGGUGAAGUUUGCUUUGCUUCUACCAGUUGCCACUGCAACAGUUGAAAGAGCUUUUUCUGCGAUGAAGUUUAUUAAGAAUGACUUGCGGAAUCGAAUGGACGAUGAAUUCUUAGAUGGUUGCAUAGUACCUUACGUGGAAACAAAGUAUUUAAAGAUGUUUCUAAUGAGUAAAGAAGAUGGGAGGGAAGAUGCAUUUAUUAUGCAUAUCAUUGAGCACCUAAAAAAAUGGAGUAAAUUUGCAAAACCAUCUGGAUCAUUUUGCCUCACUCUUGUUGGAGAAUUUUACAAGAAUUUGGAUGAGACCAACUGUGUUUCUAGUGUUCUAGGAAGGCCAGUAGAUUUCUCUCCAACAACUAUUAUCAAGUUGUUCUCUUUGACUACAGUUGAUGAUAGUGCUACAAUUAAACUCAUUGAUAAUCCAGAUUUGAAAUUGAUAGAGAAAUCUUUAUGUCCUUAUGGUGCUGAUUAG